CGUUCAACACAAUAAGGGAGAAUCACAGUGAAAGACAAGGAAGUUCCCCGUCUUCAAGAGCCUAACUGGGACCAGCAAAAUAAAAACAAGUAGACAGAAAUUCCCUUACAUGAUACUUAUUAAUGAAUAGACAAUCUGUCGAUAUUUUGUGAUCUAACAAUUCGCCAGUGUCUCUGCCAAUCGGAGUUGUACACGUGCGACUUCAAUUAGGUCUGUGACUGAAGGGGUGACCGAUUCGGCCGAAAUCACAGCUUCGUCUCAAAUAACGCACGCUCCUCAUUAUUAUUGGCUUUUGCCUUACGAUUCUGGGCGGGACCGACGCGAGAAAACUACAAAGCAAUUCACUAGAGAGCCUAUUACUUAUUGGCUACUUUUUGGAACAUUUUGAAUAUAAAAGCCCUUGAUUACACAUUCUGCCAGAUUAUUUUAGAAGUUGCAUUGUUUACAUGUUACUUACUAGAUAUGUGAGAGGCCUAGCCAACUGAUUUAAAUAGUCAUUAAAUUUUAUACAGCCCCUGAAGUAAAGAAGUGAUUGAUAGGCGAGUGCUAGCAACACGAAGUGUUUACGCGUCUCUAACGAAAUCUGCUCUAUCGGCGAAGCAAGACCAAACCACCGGCAUUAGAAUCGUGUCCGUCUUGGAGUUAACUUGUGCCUAUCACGCGAGAGCAGCUCCAGUUAGCCGAAAAUGGACCAGUGGCCGAACAGUACUACAUCUAGAUGCGCGCUUGACGCUGCUGACUUCCAUGGCAACUUCAAUUACGGUGCCUACGGAAACCUAAGCCGUAGCCUUUCUACGAUAACAGCGAUUGACGAGGGAGCACCAGUAGCGACUUCUUGCCUUUAUGCUAGACCAUUUCAGCAGCAAGUUUCUUCUUCUUGUCAACAUCACAGAUACAUAGAUGACUUAAGUCCUGACUCGUGCAUCGAUUUUCCAACAAAUGCAAGCUGGAAAUAUCAGCAACAUAAAGAUAUGAAGUCUUUGAACGAUAACUUUAUUCCAAUUAGUAACCAGACAAGUCCAGUACAUGCGUCCACGUCGACCAUCAUUCCGUCUCCUGAGCAAGACACGUUUCCUACAAGUUCGCUCGUACCUGAAAGUCCAAUAUCGACAUUUGAAGGUGCGGACACGACAGAAUUGGUGAGUCGAAGACCGAAAAGGCGUCCAUAUUCUAAGCUGCAGUUGUUGCACCUUGAGAGGGACUUUCAACGUUGCAUGUACCCGAGCAAAGAAAGGCGAGCAUGGCUGUCGCAGUUUUUAAACCUUACAGAAAGACAGGUAAAAAUCUGGUUUCAGAACCGACGGACGAAGAUGAAACGCACUAUGGAACGCGAAGAGCGUGACAACGAGCAGAUGCGACGCGACAUGGCUAAUCUUGCACUGAAGUUCUACGUGGCCUGAAAAUUACUACGAAAACAAUUAUUACAGCAGUCUAUCAACAAUUCUAUACGCGACACGCUUAAUAUAGAUUCUGUGCCUUUGACGUGGUUAGGCCUAUUCUGACUAAACGAUUGGCUGUCUUCCAUUACUAAAGCUGUUGUUUAUGUACAUAGCAUUUUUGCCGACAUUUGUCUAUAUUUUUAUAUAAGCCCGAUCUUAUGCAAGUGAGUAAACAUUCCUGUAUGAUGUUCGCCUACACCGGAGACUAAUACCAGAAGCUUAGAAUAAAAUUAAGCCUAUUUAGAUUAUGCAAAUAUUUAAAUAUAUGCAAAUAAGGUCUCCGCUUACCCAUUAAGUCAUUUGUAUUGAAUGCCUGUAAUUGCACUGUUUACGUGAUCGUAACUGACAAAAAUAAUUCCAACAUCUUGAUAUUGACUAACAUUCCUAAUUAAAAUUGAGUGUGUAAAAUGAUAUUAAUUUUAUUUUAAAAAAUGUUGUUUUUUUUUACAUAAGUGUAAAGUUCGCUUUCAACAUUCCAAUGUAACAUUGUUCUGAAGAUGUUAAUAAACAAUACCUUCAAUAUUAUUGAUGUACAAUAUCGAAAGCAGGUUCAUUAAUCUUAACAUUAUGUGAUUAGAAAGAAU